AUCUUGAAGAGGAAAUGAAGGUAGCCUGGACCGUUUUUCUGCUCUUGCUUUUGUUCGCUACCACCAUGGAUGCUAGAAGAAAUGAUAGAGGAAGGAGGAGGUCAUAUAAUUAUGGAGAAAAUGAUUGCACUCCGUGUCAGGAGUACCAACUGAGAUUUAAAGAGCGCACCACCACAGACUACGCGAUUUUAGAAGACUCGAUCGUGUAUGAUCUAGAUGCAGCUACAGUGUGCUUUUUCGCGAAAGACACAGAUAGCAACAAACCCCCAAACGAAUAUCAAUGCGUGUACAGCUACGCCGUUUCUGACCAGAACAACGAGCUCUUGUUUUGCACAUCUCCCGUUCUGCGAGUUCUAGUUGACGGAGUUGGAAGGCUCGAAUUGGUACAUGGAUACAGGCACUGAAGAAAUUAUCAUGAUGUUUGAAGUAUACAACAGGGAGUGUUUUCUAUAUUUGGUUACGAAACUAAAUUCCGCUGAUUGAGAAAUAUAGCUAGGUAGGCCAGUUAAAGUCUGUAUGCGAGCGCAUGACUAUGUCUACUCCCCCCUUGGAUGGGAUGCCAGUCCAUCAGUUACCCCCUGCAUUAAGUUUUCUAGUACCCAUGCAUGCUCCUGGUAGGAGAGAACACGACAUAAUGUCCCCGGUCAGGGGCCCGUUUCUCCAAAGACCCGAUAACGUAACGGGCCCGAAAUCACAUUUUGAAAUCAAAGUCUCAAGAAAAGUAGAAUGUGUUCUGACCUCUAAUGAAUUCCAUUUUGUUUCUUUAGCUAAUAGCUUUACUGUAUAAUUUUCAAAACUUUUGAAACUCUCAUCUGGAAUGGAAAAGAAAACAGCUUUAAAACAAGCCCGAUAAUUACCGGGAGCUUUGAGAAACGGGCCACAAGACUGGAAUCAGGACUACUCAAUCCGGAGACCAGCGCACCAACCAUGAGGCCACUGUGCCUCCGACAUUGAGAGAGAAUUCUCUAUGGAAUAAUUCUCAAUUACACUGCUAGGAAAAGUAACAAAAAAUAAAAGCUUUACUAUUGACAUUAUUGUAAGUUAAUCUUGACUCGAAAUCACGCCGGAAGUUUGUUUUUCUAAGUCUCCUGGAUUUGUGUUUGAGGAAAACCCCUGAUUAUCGUCACGCCAUUGUUUUUGAAAAGCUCCAUUUUGAAAAUCUAAAUCUAA